AUGGCACUUCCAACCAAGGCUGCCCGUGCCGCUUUGCGGCUGGUCAGACGGCCAUUGAAUGUUACCCGUAUCAACUCCAUAAAUGUGGCCCGGCCCCUCGCUGCCUCUGCUCACGUAGCACUCCAACGAAGGAACUACACGUCUCCUGCAAGUCUUAAGAACAAUUCACUCGAGACCAGGAAUACGGUUGUCCAGCUUCUCUCGAAUAUCGGGUCUAAGCGGGAAGUUGAGCAAUAUCUCUCACAUUUUACUUCGGUUCAAUCCCAACAGUUCGCCGUUAUCAAGGUGGGAGGGGCAAUUAUCACGGAAAAACUCCCUGCUUUGGCAUCCGCUCUGGCAUUCCUUAACCAUGUCGGCCUCUACCCCGUUGUCGUCCACGGCGCCGGACCCCAGCUGAACAAGAUGCUCGAAGCCGCCGGUGUCGAACCGGAGUAUGAAGGCGGGAUCAGAAUCACGGAUGCGAAAACUCUAGCGGUGGCGAGGCAAUGCUUCUUGGAUGAGAACCUAAAGCUCGUAGAGGCCCUCGAAGCCCUCGGGGUCCGAGCUCGCCCAAUCCAUUCUGGUGUCUUCACGGCUGAUUAUCUGGAUAAAGACAAGUACAAAUUCGUAGGCAAGAUCAACAGCGUCGAUAAAAGGCCAAUCGAGGCGGCAAUAGCCGCUGGCUGCCUUCCCAUUCUUACCAGUCUGGCUGAGACGCCAUCCGGCCAAACAUUGAAUGUAAAUGCAGAUAUAGCAGCUGGCGAGCUCGCCAGGUCCCUCCAACCGCUCAAGAUCGUCUACCUCAGCGAGAAAGGAGCUCUGUUCAACGGGGAAACCAAUGAGAAGAUAUCUAGCAUCAACUUGGAUGAGGAAUACGAAGAGUUAUCCAAGCAAUGGUGGUUUAGAUACGGUACCCGUUUAAAGAUCAAUGAAAUCAAGGACCUUCUGGGAGAUUUGCCCAGAACCUCUUCCGUCGCUAUCAUCGCCACUGAGGACCUCCAGCGCGAAUUAUUCACGGAUACUGGUGCUGGCACUCUAAUCAGACGCGGAAACAAGCUCACGGCGAAAUCCAGUAUCUCGGAGUUCGAAGAUAUCGCGAAACUAACCGCCGCUCUUCAGAGAGACCUUACUUUCGCUUCUGCCGAGUCACCAAAGGCUGCCGUUGAACAAUUCCUCCAGAAACUCGAAUCGUCUCCAUUCAAGGCAUACGCAGACGAGCCUCUAGAUGCUUUGGCAAUUGUACACCCACCUGCCCAGGAAGGACAGCCGGCAUUCCUCUCCAAAUUUGUAGUGACUAAGCACGGCUGGCUCUCCAACGUCGCUGAUAACGUCUUCAACAACAUCAAGAGGGAAUUUCCAAAACUCGCCUGGGUUGCGAAUACCUCCGACGAAAACCUUACCUGGUUCUUCGACAAGGCCGAUGGCAGUGUUACGGCGGGCCAGAAUGUGGUUUUCUGGUAUGGAUUCGAGGGCGGAUUGGAGGAAGCAGCUGCUUGGUUGAAGAGCCAGGGCUACAAUACAGCGGCACAAUCGCCCGUUUCAAGCCCUGUCACAGGUGUGAAGCAGCAGGUUCGAGCCUUUUCCACUAUGACACGACCCCGAGCCUUCGGCCGUGGCUACCUUCCCCGACACCAGGGUAGGGCAUAUUCCACAGACGCUGGAGUCCUUCCUGGGGACACCAACCCAAACCCUCCCUUGCGCAGGAACAAGGAUGCCAAUUUCCAACCGAAGAAAGUGGCCCUAGUUGGUGCACGUGGUUAUACCGGACAAGCCUUGAUAUCUCUUAUCAACAAGCAUCCAUACCUUUCGCUGAGCCACGUCUCAUCAAGGGAGCUUGCCGGACAACGUCUCCAAGGAUAUGACAAGGCCGAUAUCCACUACUCCAACUUGAAUGUUGAAGAUAUCAAGAAAAUGCAAGAAAAUGGUGAAGUGGAUGCCUGGAUUAUGGCCCUUCCUAACGGUGUUUGCAAGCCUUUUGUCGAUGCCGUUGUCUCCGGAGGAGGUGCUAAAGAGCCUGGCUCCAGCAUAAUCGUGGAUCUCUCGGCCGAUUAUCGAUUUGAUGACUCUUGGACUUACGGUCUCCCCGAAUUGAUCAAGAGAGAAAAGAUCGCACAGGCCACCAGAAUAGCCAACCCAGGUUGUUAUGCGACCGCUGCGCAACUCGCCAUUUCCCCCUUGCUUGACAACAUUGCAGGAUCCCCAACCAUCUUUGGUGUCUCCGGUUAUUCGGGAGCAGGAACCAAACCUAGUCCCAAGAACGACGUUGAGAACCUCACGGAUAACUUGGUGGCAUACAGCUUGACAGAUCAUAUUCACGAGCGUGAAAUCAGCCGACAACUCGGCGUUGAUGUUGGAUUCAUGCCACACGUCGCAGUAUGGUUCCAGGGAAUUCAUCACACCGUCAACAUCCCGCUCAAGAAGGAAAUGACCUCUAGAGAGAUCAGGAACCUGUUCCAAGACCGUUAUGCUGGCGAGAAGCUUGUUAAGGUUGUUGGAGAGGCACCCAGCGUAAAGAAGAUAUCUGGAAAACAUGGGGUUGAGAUCGGAGCAUUUGCGGUCCACAGCUCGGGCAAGAGAGUCGUCGUUUGCGCGACUAUCGACAACCUGCUGAAGGGAGCAGCCACCCAGUGUUUGCAAAAUAUGAACCUGGCGCUUGGGUAUGAUGAGUUCGAAGGCAUUCCAUUGGACUGA